AUGGCAAAAUCGACGAAACGUAAUUCGAUCCCGCAGAAACCCGUCGAUAUCGUCUCUGACACAAUUCUAUGGGGAAAGCCUUAUGUGCCAGGAAGCGCGCUUCCCGAGUUGAUAUCAAAUCCUUUCGGCAACUUCACAUUGGUUGGUCAAGUUUGUGGUUACGCGAAAGUCUCCUUUGUUGCCGAUAGCACUGGAAAGACACUCAAACCCGUCAUAGCAACCUACCACAAUUUUUCCGACGAUGGCCAGAAUUUCAUUGAAGGGACUGAAAUAGUGUCAGGAAUCUAUCCAAACAUCACGUCAGUACAUGUGGACUGGUUUUCGAAUUUGCAAUCGUCUGGCAUCAGCGAAAGUUCAAAAAUAACGAGUCCUAGUGCAUUCCACUUCGAUAUCGAUAUCGAGAACAACAAAUUCUACGCUAACGGUACUUUGACUACUACAGUCGACGGUGUCCAUUAUCGACAGCCUUUGAAUGGAACUUGA